GUUGCCGGCAUCUGUCUCUCUAUAUAACCGGCAGCCGAGCUGCACACAUCUCCCCUCUCAUCCUCCGUAACUUUCCCGUAACCGACAGCUGUGCUCCUGGAUUUCUCCGUAAAACAAUUUAUCAUGCCUGGAUACAACGAUAGAGACCGUGGCCGCGAUAGAGGAUAUGGUGGUGCUCCACGUUUUGGGGGGAACAGAGGUGGUCCAGGUGGGAAAUUUGGCAACCCUGGAGAGAGACUGAUAAAGAAGAAAUGGAACUUGGAGACACUGCCAAAAUUUGAGAAGAACUUCUAUCAGGAAAGCCCUGAUGUGGCAAGACUGUCACUGCAAGAAUGUGAGCAGUACAGGAGGAGUAAGGAGAUCACAGUCCGUGGCCAUAACUGCCCCAAGCCUAUUCCACAAUUCCAUGAUGCAAACUUCCCAGCUAACAUAAUGGAGGUGGUGAAACGACAGAACUUCACUGACCCGACUCCUAUCCAAAGUCAAGGAUGGCCGGUAGCACUUAGUGGGCUGGAUAUGGUUGGCGUUGCAAUGACUGGAUCUGGAAAAACACUUUCUUACCUGCUCCCAGGUAUCGUCCACAUCAACCACCAACCAUUCCUACAGAGGGGAGAUGGGCCAAUUCUCUUGGUGCUGGCACCUACUCGAGAACUGGCUCAGCAAGUACAACAAGUAGCAGCAGAGUAUGGCAGAGCUUGCCGUUUGAGGUCUACCUGUAUUUAUGGGGGAGCCCCCAAAGGGCCACAAAUCCGGGAUCUAGAAAGAGGUGUUGAAAUCUGCAUUGCAACGCCUGGCCGGUUAAUAGACUUCUUGGAAGCUGGAAAAACCAAUCUCAACAGAUGCACAUACUUGGUACUUGAUGAAGCUGAUAGGAUGCUCGACAUGGGUUUUGAGCCUCAAAUAAGAAAGAUCGUGGACCAGAUUAGACCUGACAGACAGACCCUAAUGUGGAGUGCAACCUGGCCCAAAGAAGUACGGCAGCUCGCAGAAGACUUUUUAAAAGAUUACGUUCACAUUAACAUUGGUGCACUGGAACUGAGCGCUAACCACAACAUCCUGCAGAUCGUUGAUGUCUGUAAUGAUGGAGAGAAGGAUGAAAAGCUUGUCCGUCUGAUGGAAGAAAUAAUGAGUGAGAAGGAAAAUAAGACUAUAGUAUUUGUGGAGACAAAGAGGCGUUGUGAUGAACUCACUCGCAAGUUACGACGAGAUGGGUGGCCAGCAAUGGGUAUUCAUGGUGACAAAAGUCAACAAGAACGUGACUGGGUUUUAAAUGAAUUCAAACAUGGCAAAUCGCCAAUCCUUAUCGCCACAGAUGUCGCUUCCCGAGGCCUAGAUGUGGAAGAUGUGAAAUUUGUCAUCAAUUAUGACUAUCCAAACUCCUCUGAGGACUAUAUCCAUCGCAUUGGAAGAACAGCCCGCAGUAGCAAAACUGGCACAGCCUACACAUUCUUUACUCCCAAUAAUGCAAAGCAGGUCAAUGAUUUGAUCUCUGUACUCAGAGAAGCUAACCAGACGAUCAAUCCCAAACUGCUACAAUUGGGAGGUGACAGAGGGCGCUUUAGAGGCAGAGGAAUGAGUGAUCGUCGUGACCGCUUCUCUUCAGGCAAGCGGGGUGGGUGGGACAGGGAAAACUACAACAGAGGUUUUGGUGCUAAGAGAGACUUUGGGAACAAAUCCAUGAACGGCUUUGGGGCCCAGUCGUAUAAUAAUGGUAACUCCUUCAGCAAUGGCUAUGGUGCACCAGCAGUUCAAGGUGGAUUUCGGGGUGGUGCACAGAAUGGUACCUAUCAGAACAACUUUGAUGCCAGUCAACAGUAUACCGCACCCAUGCAAAACGGAAUGAACACACAAGCGUACACAUACCCAGCAGCUGCAGUGGCUGCCCCUGCCCCCAUGAUGGGUUACACAAUGCCGCCCACAACAUACCCCCAGUAAAGACGCACAGUCAGUGUCUUUGUUUUAUUUUGUUCCCAUCCUUGCUCUUUAUAUUGUGUUUUUCAGAACAGGCUAGUUAUUUAAGAAGUCUCUACAGGAUGUGCGGAAAGGUCUACUGCGCAGCAGUGACUGUAGUGCACUUUUUCACUAUUUAAGUUGACUGUUUCUCUACAUUCCUGAAGAAAUUUUAGUUCAUUUUUUUUUUUUUUGUACUAGAAAAUGCAGCCAGUGUUUUCACAGUUAAUGUACAGUGAUUUGAAGUACUGUAAGGAAGGCAAUGCAUGGCCUUCAAUAAAGAUCAUCUAACUAAA